AUGAUUGCCAUUCAACCACAAGAAGUUAGGAAGAAGCAAGGAAGAGCUUUAAUAUGGGACUGGGGUGCUAGCAGAACUAACUUCGUGUUAAACAUCUGUGUGGCAGUCUGGAAAAACCACCACAUGAGGACAGUCACCAACUACUUCAUAGUCAACCUUUCCCUGGCAGAUGUGCUUGUGACCAUCACCUGCCUUCCAGCCACCCUCGUUGUCGACAUCACUGAGACCUGGUUCUUUGGACAGCCCCUCUGUAAAGUCAUCCCUUAUUUACAGACUGUGUCAGUAUCUGUGUCUGUUCUUACAUUGAGCUGCAUUGCCUUGGACCGAUGGUACGCCAUUUGUCACCCUUUGAUGUUCAAGAGCACAGCCAAGCGGGCUAGGAACAGCAUCGUCAUCAUCUGGAUUGUUUCCUGCAUCAUAAUGAUUCCUCAAGCCAUUGUCAUGGAGUGCAGCAGCAUGCUCCCUGGCUUGGCCAACAAAACCACCCUCUUUACAGUGUGUGAUGAGCGCUGGGGCG